ACUAUUAUGUAGAGUGCAUUUCGCAGACUGGAGUUUAGCUGAAAACUUCCAAUAUGAAGAACGUUCUUUUCGUCUUGUUUGUCCUGAUACUCCAGAGUACAAACACUCAACAAUACCAAACAUCUUCCUUCGGAAGGAAUUUUGUAUUUGGCGUUAUAGGUUCCGGUGUUAGGCUUUCAUCAACAAACCUUCGACUUCAUAUAACCCCAGUUACGGAAAUACAGGCUCUCGUCCGGGUAACAGCACCAUUCAUAAACAUGGAUAGAACAUAUACUGUAUCUAACUACACUAUUGUCCCUCUGAAUGGAACUCUGAUUCAGUUUGAAAAUGGGACGCAGUUCAAAGGCAUUGAAGUUAGUUCCAAUGCUAAUAUUUCUGUGACUGUUGUUUCUAACCCCGGUGAUUACACAGAAGGAUUUUUGGCCUUACCUAUUAAUGCACUAGGUUCUCGUUACGUAACAGCCUCAUACACCGUAUACCGUGCAUACAGUUCCGAGAUUCUCAUUGCCGGUGUUGAAAGUGACACAGACGUUACUUUGAAAAUAAUAACUACAAACAAUGCAAGCUCUAUCAGAAGUUUUCGCCUGCAGAAGUUUGAAACUUACCAAUUUAAAUCAACGAGUGAUAUAAGCGGCAGUACCGUAACAUCAAACAAACCUGUGGCUGUUGUGUCUGGAUCUGCUGUCGCAAUGGUUCCUGUCGGAAGCGGAAGUCUUCAGUAUCUAGUCGAGCAAAUGAUUCCGACAAAAUAUUGGACAUCAAAAUUCAUUAUCCCAUCCAUAUAUCCCAGGAAACACUUCGUCCUUAGAUUGUUUGCUGAUCAGAAUAAUACCGAAGUGAACUUGUAUAACAGCUCGACACACUUUGCAGUACAUAUGGACAAGGGGUCUAUGGAGGAAUUACUGUUUGGAACAGAUCCAGUCGUUGUAAUAGCAGAUAAGCCAGUCAGCGUCAUACAGUACGGACAUGAUGGAGAUCACAUAGACGGAGAUCCCUUCAUGGUGAACACACAAGGGAUCACUCAGUUUCAAGAAUCCUAUAGAUUUGUUACACAGAAUUAUUAUUAUCAUACAGGAAGCAAUACUGUAGCCAUUACUUUACUAAAGAACAGUACCAGCGGACUUCUCCUGAAUGGACAUUCUAUGUCUUACUGGAGUGCUAAAAAUGUGUCAGUUUCUCCGCCAAUGGAUGAAUACAUAACAUUCUUUGUGAAUGUUUCUUCCAACAGUUUCUACCAUUUGCAUCACAGCGGUGGAAGAAGGUUUGGAGCAAUUAUUUAUGGGCGCCCUGGUACUUCUGCUGCAUUUGGCUACCCUCUCCAGUUGUCAUUGAUUGAAAAUGGAAAAGGAACCUGGUGCUUCCAGUGUGAAGAUAUGGCGCAUCUUAAGUAUUGUGAUAAAGUUUCGAAAUGUCAGAAUGAAAACGAUGUUUGCUUUGUGCAAAGUUAUACACGAAGUCUUGAUGUUAGCCUCUUUAGAUCAGGCUGCGCACAUUCUCAGCAAUGCAGCAAUAGCGACGGCAACGGAACCUGUUUCAAGUGCUGUGAUGGCGAUUUUUGUAACAGUGUAGGAUGUGGAGAUGAUGGUUUUCCGGCACCAGGACAAAGAGGCCCGAUUUGCUUUGACUGCACACACAAAGGCGAAGGCGAGGAAUGUAACACGGUGCAAUUGUGCCAUUCUAAUCAGGUGUGCAUGGUAGAAAAAUACGAAUGGGGAGACGACGACUUCCAUUACAUCAGAGGCUGCACUGAGUCUCAGGUGUGUACGAGAAAGCGCCAUGCUCCAGUCUGUUCACACUGCUGUCACUCCGAUUUCUGUAACAUGAACUGCACGUCCGUUGAUACAGCUCCGCCAAUAGUUGGCUAACAGGUUUCAAACUGUGGUAUGAACUGAAAUGCAGAACAUACUAAUAAAAAUGAUAUCAUA